CAUCGGACCGUACCCAUAAAGAUGUUGGCUUUGCGGCAGGCGCUGAUAAGUCUACUGGUGCUGUGGCCUAUCUACAGCCUGGAGGCAGCUCGUAUACUGGCGAUAUUCCCCUUUCCGGGUCCCUCGCAGUACAUCAAUGUAGUGCCGUAUCUGAAGGCAUUGGCAGCGCGCGGUCACGAGGUGACCUCCAUCAAUGCCUUUCCCCAGAAGAAACCCCUACACAACUUUCGCGAUAUCCCAGUGCUGGAAGUGUUUAACAACUAUGACGAAAUCAUCACCGACCUUGGCGAUCCCAUGAAUCUCUGGGAGGAGAAUGAUUUCAUUAACAAAUUCUUUGUGGACAUAACACGCGCUGUAUUCCUGAAUAAGGAGGUGCAGGAGACACUUUUACCCCCGGGAAAGGAUCACUACGAUUUGAUUAUUGUGGAGGCUCUACGAUCGGAUGCGUACUAUGGCUUUGCGGCACACUUUAAUGCCCCCAUCAUUGGGGUGUCGACGUUCGGGGCUGACUGGAAUAUCGAUGAGCUGGUGGGGAAUACCUCGCCCUUUUCGUAUAUUCCCCUGCAGACGACGGGCUUUACGGAUCGCAUGACCUUCCGGCAACGUCUCACCAACAUUGUGGAUACAGCGAUUGCCUGGCUCAACUAUAACCUCGUGCAUAUGCCCAAACAAGUGGAGAUCUACGAGAAGUACCUCCCCGAAGCGGCAGCCAGGGUUCCUCUCAACGAGUUGAACCGAAACUUCUCCUUGGUGCUGCUCAAUCAGCACUUUUCGCUGAGCUUUCCCCGUCCGUAUGUGCCCAACAUGAUCGAGGUGGGAGGACUGCACAUAUCCCACAAGCCAGCGCCAUUGCCCAAGAACAUUGACGAAUUCAUUCAGGGCUCGGGCGAGGCAGGAGUCAUAUACUUCUCCCUGGGAUCGAAUGUGAAGAGCAAGGAUCUGCCAGCCGAAACGCGUGAAACGAUACUGAAAACAUUUGCCAGCCUGCCGCAGCGGGUCCUGUGGAAAUUUGAGGUCGACCAGCUCCCUGGAAAGCCACCGAAUGUUUUCAUCAGCAAGUGGUUCCCCCAGCCAGAUAUCCUGGCCCAUCCCAAGGUCAAGCUGUUCAUCACACACGGCGGACUGCUGAGCACCAUCGAGAGCAUACAUCACGGAAAGCCUGUGCUGGGUCUGCCUUUCUUCUACGAUCAGUUCUUGAAUGUGGAGCGUGCCAGGCAGGCGGGCUUCGGCCUGAGCCUCGAUCACAAGUCCCUGACUCAGCAGGACUUCAAACAUACCAUCGAGCGCCUGCUCAAGGAGCCACAGUUUGCGGACAAGGCCCGCCAGAUGUCGGCCCGCUAUCGUGAUCAGCCGAUGAGUCCCCAGGAGACGGCCGUCUGGUGGACAGAGUACGUCCUGCGGCACAAGGGUGCCCCGCAUAUGCGUGUGGCCGGCCAGGACCUGAACUUCCUGGCAUAUCACAGCAUCGACGUUAUAGCAACGCUCCUGGGCGGUGCUCUCUUGGGCUUGAUCCUGGUGGUGUUUGUUCUCUGGAAGUUGGCUAAGUUUUGCCAAGGUUUUGGUCAAUCAAAGACGAAAAAGCAAAAGAAUCAGUGAGGAAUAAUACGAUUUUUGGUAUAAAAACUA